AUGAAGGGCCUCCUCAGCCUCUCGGUGUUGCCUGUCCUGGCAUACGCCUCCCCCAUGAUCGUUGACUCCAUCCACCAGAAUGCUGCUCCUAUCCUCUCCUCUACAAACGCCAAAGAUAUCCCGGAUUCGUACAUAGUGGUCUUCAAGAAGGGUGUCUCCUCUACCUCGGCUCUAGCUCACCAGACCUGGGUCCAGGACAUUCACACCUCUGUCGAGUCCAAGCGUAUGAAGAAACGCAACCAGUUCACAUUCAAGAACGAGGCCUUUAAUGGCUUGAAGCACACAUUUGAUCUUGCCGGUGGCCUUCUCGGCUACUCUGGCCACUUCGACGAAGAGGUCAUCGAGCAAGUCCGCAGACAUCCUGACGGUCGCGCUAAAUGGGACAUGACUAUUCCCGACCACGACGAGGAUGUUGACGGCAACGGCCACGGAACCCACUGCUCCGGUACCAUUGCUGGCAAGAAAACCAGUGGCUCUGGUACCAUGUCUGAUGUCGUCAAGGGUGUCCAAUGGGCCGCCGAAAGCCACUUGAAGCAGGUUGGCGAGGCCAAGAAGGGUAACCGAAAGGGUUUCAAGGGAAGUGUUGCUAACAUGAGCUUGGGAGGCGGCAAGUCCGUCACCCUGGACCGUGUUGUCGACUCAGCCGUUGCUGUUGGCAUGCACUUUGCCGUUGCUGCCGGUAACGAUAACGCUGAUGCUUGUAACUACUCUCCCGCUGCCUCCCAGAACUCCAUCACCGUCGGUGCCUCCACUCUCGCUGAUGAGCGUGCUUACUUCUCCAACUACGGAAAAUGUACCGACAUCUUCGCCCCCGGCUUGAACAUCCAGUCGACCUGGAUCGGAAGCAACCACGCUGUUAACACCAUCUCCGGAACUUCCAUGGCCUCUCCCCAUGUCUGCGGUCUCUUGGCCUACUUCCUCUCCCUUCAGCCUGCCUCCGACUCUGCCUUCGCCGUUGCUGAGAUCACUCCAGCUGAAAUGAAGGCUAACAUGAUCUCCAUCGCUUCCAAGAAACUCCUCACUGACAUCCCAGCUGACACCCCUAACCUUCUCGCCUGGAACGGUGGUGGCUCUGACGACUACAAGAAGAUCAUUGGUGGCGGUAAGGAGAACGAUACUCAGGAAUUCUCCUCCCUCACCGAGAAGCUCGAGAAGUUGGCUGAGGAGGGCCUCACCGCCAUCUACAAUGAGCUCAAGGACGCCGUCGUUGCUUAA